UUUUCAAGAAGUUUAUUCGCCGAGGCACAUACAAUACAAUACUACAGACCCUUGAAUAGGAGCACUUCAUAGUUGCGAACCUCUACCGGUUCGUCCGAUACGGAUAGCAACACAGGCAGCCAAAUCAGGGUUGAGUUUUGGCGACUGAAAAGUUGAUACGAGCUACUCACCUUACGUACACACCUAGGUACAAUACUAGGUACUGAGAAUACCUACACUUGCUUGCCCCUUACCCAAUCAGGGGUUUUGUGACGCAACACACCAUAACCUGAGCGACGCCACGAGGUCACCGUAGACUCAUACUGGGGAUGAUGGACACAGGAAAAUAAGAUAAUACUUUGCCGCAGAACGUUGAUGAUUGAUCCGCUUGUAUGUAAGACCUUGAGCAACUUGAACGUUUGCUGCACUCGAACCCGUGGCUACUAGAAUCAAGGAGAGUCUCAUAUCCACACUCGAAGUACAGCAAAGUCCGGGUAUACCGUAUAGCCAUGUCGGACCACCGCCGAGGAAGAAGACACAGUCGUUACGACCAAGGGUACCCCUACUACGACUACGACUACGAACGUCCUCCGCGUCACCGGUCACUUGGCCGCCAGGCUCUUGACAAGCUCGGCGAUGCCAUGGGCAGUCUAGCCCUUGACGAUAACAGGACUCAUGAUAGAGGCCAUCGCUCCAUAACAAGAUACCGCUCUCCAGAAGGCUAUGACCGGCAUCCUCGAGAUCACUACCAUCACGGCCACCACCACGCCCGCCGCCGGCAUCACAGCAGUUCGCCGACCAGGCAUUCUCGCCGCUCGCGACGUGGCGGCACGGCGAGCAGUUCCAGCACUGCCCGCCCGGCAUCCUCUCGGAGCCGAAGCCGUCUGGACCGGGGCCUGAAAGCGGCCGUAGAUGCUGCCGCGAUCGAGGCAAUCCGCCUGCGCAACGAGCCCGGGCGCUGGAGCGGCGCCAAGGGCGGCCGCGUUGCCACGGCUGCCAUCAGUGCUGGUGUGAUUGGCACGGCAGCUGAGAAGAGGAAGCAAGACACCGGCAAAGGCACGGUUGGAACCUUGGGCUCGGCGGUUGGAGGCUUGGUGGUGAAUAGGCUACUCAAUGGGCCUCGGGAUCAGCUGAGAUGAAAAACAUCCCGGCCUGGCCUCUUGUAUCCUGGAUAGGGUGCAUUUCUGAUACACAGAGGGCUUCACGACGUUAUGAAUUUGGGCAUAAGUUGACAUGAUAUAGUACUAUCUAGAUCAAUCGGUGCAUGUGU